AUGAUCAAGGCGCUACAAGUUUUCCUGUUCCCGUUUCUGGCCCUUAUCACUGGCCUGGUUUUGGAUGCUACAAAUCAGCGUAUCCGAUUUCUCCGUAUACCGGAUACAAUUCUCAUUUUCUUAUUUGCACUUGGCACAAGUUUUGUUCUUCACUUAUUUUUCCCGGAGAAACUGAUGGCCCAUAUUGAUGAGACAUACACAUGGAAGACUGUUCAACCGGGCAUUGUUGUUGGGGUAAAGCACUAA